CUUGAUAAGAGAAGACUUUGGGCCCGGCAAAUCUUAUCUGAUCAGGAGUGAAGUUCAGGUCCUGUUCACCCCGCAGACCCACGGACACCUCCCUGAAUUAAUCCUCCUUCCCCGGCGCCGCUUUACUAUGUGUGGGCGGAGCCAGGUGGGAGUGGGCCUGUUUAAUACAGAUGCGCUCCUCGGUGUGCAGCCCUGCGUUCAGCGGCGAUCGGACGGUUCGGUUCGGAACGGAGCAGAGCGGCAGACGGGAACCAUGACUGCACCCAGCAACAACUACGACGUUGUGGUGAUCGGAGCGGGGAUAUCAGGUUUGAGCGCUGCAAAGCUGCUAAAAGCGAGCGGGCUGAAUCCUGUAGUGCUGGAGGCCAGGGAUCGAGUCGGCGGCCGCACCUUUACUGUCCGGAACAAGGAGGCGAAGUGGGUAGACCUCGGCGGGGCCUACGUCGGACCGACUCAGAACCGCAUCCUACGGUUGGCUAAAGAGUACGGCGUCAAGACCUACAAAGUCAACGAGCAGGAACACCUGGUGCAUUAUGUCAACGGAAAGUCGUACCCGUUCAAAGGCUCUUUCCCUCCCAUGUGGAACCCCAUCGUCUACAUGGACUUCAACAACCUCUUCAGGACGAUGGACGAGAUGGGCCAGGAGAUUCCCAGAGAGGCGCCCUGGAGAGCUCCCCACGCCUCAGAGUGGGACAACAUGACCAUGCAGGAGCUGUUCAACAAAAUCUGCUGGACCAGUGCAGUUCGCCGCUUCGCCACCCUGUUUGUCAACGUGAACGUGACCUCUGAACCCCACGAGGUGUCGGCCCUGUGGUUCCUCUGGUACGUGAAGCAGUGCGGGGGGACGAUGAGGAUCUUCUCCACCACCAACGGCGGGCAGGAGAGGAAGUUUGCGGGCGGCUCCAGUCAGAUCAGCGAGUGCAUGGCCAAAGAGCUGGGUGACAGGGUGAAGCUGCAGUCGCCCGUCUACAGGAUCGACCAGACCGGAGACGUGGUCGUCGUGGAGACAGUGAACAAAGAGACUUACACGGCCAGAUACGUCGUCGUGGCAACGCCACCCGCCCUCAACCUGAAGAUGCACUUUAACCCCGAGCUGCCGCCCCUCAGGAACCAGCUGAUCUACCGCGUGCCCAUGGGCUCCGUCAUCAAGUGCAUGGUCUACUACAAGGAGAACUUCUGGAGGAAGAAGGGUUACUGCGGCACCAUGGUGAUCGAGGAGGAGGGGGCUCCUAUUGGCCUGACUCUGGAUGACACAAAGCCUGAUGGGACCGUCCCCGCUAUCAUGGGGUUCAUCUUGGCUCGCAAGUGCAGAAAGCUGGCAGACCUGAGCAAAGAGGAGAGGCUCAGGAGGAUCUGUGAGAUUUACUCCAGAGUGCUGGGCUCAGAUGAGGCUCUCCACCCGGUGCACUACGAAGAGAAGAACUGGUGUGAGGAGGAAUACUCCGGCGGCUGCUACACAGCUUACUUUCCUCCUGGAACCCUGACCCAGUUUGGCAGGGUUCUGAGGGAGCCUGUUGGCAGGUUGUACUUCGCCGGCACGGAGACGGCGUCAGAGUGGAGCGGCUACAUGGAGGGGGCGGUGCAGGCUGGGGAGAGGGCCGCCAGAGAGGUCCUGUGUGCGAUGGGUAAAAUCCACCAGAGUCAGAUCCACCAGCCAGAGCCUGAGAGUCAGGAAGUUCCUGCCCUUCCGUUCGUCACCAGCUUCUGGGAGAGGAAUCUGCCGUCGGUCGGAGGUUUCCUCAAACUCACGGGCGUCUCCGCCGUCCUGUCGGCCGCCGCCGCAGCGGGCCUGGUGGCCUACAAAAAGGGCCUCUUCCCCAGGAGUUAAACUGCCUACACCUCGUCUGCAACUCAACGGGACACAACUCAAUAGAAACCGUGUUCAUGCACUUCUGGGGUUUUUUUUUGUUUUUGUAUUCUUUAUUGGGGGAUUUUGAAACGCCAGGCCAUGAAAGGCAGACUCUCCAAAUGAAGCAAAAUCAGAUUCACUUUCAGGGCAAAGAGUGAGCUGUUGUUUAGUCUCAGAGAGAAGAAGAGCUAACUGUUUAAUUAGCACUUAAUCUGUAACUCAGAUUACUAAACCAAUGAAGGAAAAGCAAUCUGGAAUCAAAAUAAAUAUUCUCUACUAAUGUUCCACAUAUUCAUCCUUCUUUUGUGUGUGUGUGUGUGUGUGUGUGGGUGUGUAAGCUCUGUCUGUUUGCAUGUGCCUUUGUGAGUGUCUGUUUGUUGAAAUGUGUGUAAGCAUUUCUGUGUGUGUGGGUGCGUGUGUGUGUGUGUGUUUCUAUUGUCUCUAAUUACCUCAGCUGAUUUUAGGUGCUGGUUCAUUCUGACCUUUCUUGCUUAAUGAGAUCCAGUAACACUGAAAGUGAGUAGGGCUGUGCCAUCAUCAGUUCUAAUAUCAUAGAGGACAAUCAAGAUUAAAUCUGUUUUUCUUUUUUUUUUUUUUUUUUUUUGUCAUUUUGUGACCUGAAUGUUUCAUUAAAACGUGAAGAAAAGAAAAAUAAAACAGCAGCUCAGUGACAUAGUGUGUCUCUUUGAGCCAUUCUUGCUGCUGCUGCUGUAAGUUUUUAUCUGAGCUUUAGCGCUAAUCGGUCUUCAGUAUUUACCGUGUCCCGGUAAUGUUAGCUUAACAGUAGGGUAUUCUCAAGUUCAAUGUUUGAUUUAUGUCAUAAAAAUGUGGUUGUAUAUGUAAGAGAAGUUACUCUGGCAAAGUUGACAGAAUUUUCCUGGAUGACGUGACAGGACAAAAUUUAUGUUUGUUUGGUUUUUUUUAAAUCUAAAGGAAGCCAAUCUAAAGUAACCAUUCAUUUAUUGCCUAAACUAAUUUACAUCCAUGGCAGUUAGCGGGGCUGAUGGUGUAGAUAGUGGGGAAGCGGGGUUGUUACGGCGUGCAUCUCCAGCCAUCAUUGGUAAAGAGCUGUGGUCACUCUAUGGAUAAAUUCCUAAGUCACGGCUAAGUUUUGGAAAUGUGUGAAAAUCCAGGGCCAUUUUUCAGUUGAGUUGUAAUUGAUGAACAACUGUUCAGCUCCACACCGCAGAGAUAGCUAGGCAACAGCUGGCUAGCUGUAGCUGCCUGUGGCUAAUUAAUUCAUUAACUGUAGCUAGUUUUAAGUUGUACGAUGUCCCUAUCUGGAGCAAAUUAAGCUAGUUGGCUGUAGCCUGUUAUCUGUAGCUAACUGUGGACAAUAAAUCGUGAGGCUAGCUGUGGCUAGCUAGCUGUAGCUAUCUUUGGUUGAUCAUUUUUAAAACUAACUGUGGACUUUGGGUUGUAUCUAGCCAGAGAAAACUGUCAAAACUUGUGGCUAUUAAAAAGGUAAAGCUGGCUGUGUUCUGUUGGCUGUAACCAUUUAUAGCUAAUAAAUUAUAACGCUAGCUCUGAGUUAUGAGCGCUCCCUAGCUAAAUAUGUUAUAGUGAUAACUGUGUAUUCGAACAGUUUUCUUGAACAUCCUGCGAUAGUUUUCAUUUUCACUGUUAUAAGCUGAACUCCUGGUAUUCCCCGACGUUAAGAGAGCACAGCUGUCCAUGAUUAGCUAAAAUCCACAAAUACUCAAAAAAAAUGCUUAGAACUGCAUAAUUUAGUAAUUCACAUACCAAAUAUACAUAAAUAAGCAUCAGUGAGCACCGUGGAAAUUGUCUGCAGUGGGUAUCAUACAGCCUUCCUUUUUUGCACUCUUAAAAUUUUAUCCACCAAUCAGCGCCAAGAAAAAUAAAUGCAGCUUCUGGAUUGGUUGCUUUGCAAACACCAGCCAACUAGUGUUGGCUGGUGAACUACAAAAAAAAAAUACAGUGAAUAGAUGGAUCUGCAAAUUGUGAACAAUGAAUAGGGCUCCACUGUAACUGAAUUCAGUUAUUAGAGAUGGAAAAAUCCUCGUAGUCACCUAAAGUUUGCUAACACCUAGCAUAAACCAAAAUAGUAAUUUUAGUGUUAGUUUAAACUAAAAGGUGUAAGCAGAACGGAGUUCAUUUUUCUCCCCCUUUCAAUUACCAUAAUACAGAACAGAUCUUAUGUGUGAAAAUGUUCAGUUGCAAAUCUGCAAUAAAGCUUCAACUUUGUGGUAAGAACUGCAUUAUUUUAAACCUAAGAUGUAAAAACCUAAAGAUAUUUUACUGAUUUAAGACUGAAUUAAAAAUAACAAAAUACAGGCUGGGGUUUCCUAAGGAAAGUCACAUUAGAAGAAGCCGAUCUUUUGAGGAGAACUUGAGUCGGUCGUGUUAAGAGAAGUGUACAGUGUGUGGCUACAGUGAGGUUCGUGUUCUUGUUCCAAAGACGUGUUUGUGACUGUACUUGUGUCUGUUGUGCCUUAAUGGACGUCUUGGUGUUUUGUCAUUUUUCUCAAGUGCCUGUGUAACUUUGACUGUUUCGACUACCUUUCCCAACACACUGUUGUAGAUAACACCCACCAGGUCGCUGCCUCAAGGCAUCUUCAGUGACGCUCAACUCAAAAUUCGAUUUUUAAAUGCCCCCUGCGUUACCUGAGUUCUACCCUCUUAAUAAACUUGACUCAGGUAAAGCCAGGCGUAUGAAGUAGCACUCUGACCGUUGGUGUGAUCUUAACUUGUCUCCAGCGGAACCGAGUUCGUGAGCGUUUUGUAUUGUGAUUGCAGUGCUUCACCAUGUGUCCCCUCCGCCAUGUUGUAGCGUCCUCGUGUCUUCAUGGUCGCCUCCUGUCUCACAUCCAACCACCAGUAGAGGUUUGCCAAGCUUAAUGUUGAAGAAAGGAUCUGUCAGUACCUGCGUUUCCAUUACUAACGUGCGAAAAACUUUGGGUUUUUUUGACAUUAGUUGUAUAUCGACAAUUUCACAAUCGGGUUGUUUCUGUAAAAUAAAAAAACACAAAAUCACAAGUGAAUAGGUUUGUCCAUGCGAUAAGUCAUCAGAGAUCACAAUACCUUGAUAGUCCAAACAUUGCAGUUUUGUGAAAUAAACCAAUUUUGAUGCGAUCGGAAAAAAAAAACCAACUUCAUGCUAGCGCCAAAACGUUUUAACGAAAAAUGAGAGCUUUUCCAAAUUUGCCACGUUUCCACUAAGCAACUUCACGUUUAAAAUGUAAAAUUGUGCAAAUGGAAAUGCAGCUGGUGACGUUGCUCACAUUUGAACCCAUCUUGUUUAGUCGGCUGAUGUUACGCCAGCACUCUCUGUAGGUCUGUCAUUUGAGAACUACAGCGCCGACACCAAACCAUCAGCAAACAUAACCUACAUGGUCAAGUCCUUGUUGAUUUCUUUCUUUUUUUUACUGAUUGUUUUCCUUCUUCACCUGAGGUGCACACGAACCUCCCCAAACUAAUAAUCCUGUAACCCGUUCUUUGAUGUCUUUGAUUCCUCAAAGCAAGCUGGUGAUAUUCAAAAUGUGAAAUAAAUCCUAAUUUCAUCUGA